GAAAUAUGUAAAUGUUUGAGUAGACUAAAAACCCCCCUGCUUAGUCAGGGGCUUGCACUCUGCUUUCAUUCUGGGCUUUUUUUGUGGCUGAGGGGCAAAUGCUCAAGGGAAUGAAGGGCGAUGUGGGUACAGGAACAAGGCGUGGGGGAGAUGUGUGGGGGCUCCAAACGUCGCGCUCAAUGUCCCAAUGGCUGCUUUUAGUUACUAAUAUUGCCCACUGAGCUUGUGGGGAGCGUCUGAGAGAUGACAUCACCUGUCUCCGUGCUCUGCCAGCCAACUGUGACUGCUGAGGUGUGAAUUCCGUGUCGGAGCGUGACCCUCCCCGAUAAAUAGGGGUGUCGGUGCACCCCGUCCCGCAGAGCAUCUGUGGGGCUGAGCCUUCCCUGGGGAUGGGAACCCCUCUGCUCCCGUGGCUGCUGCUGCUGCUGCUGGUGAUGUCCCACUGUGCCCACGCAGCCAUCCUGGAGGUGAACGGGAACCUGAGCUGUAGGUGUGCCAAGACAACCUCGGAAUACAUCAGUCCCAGGAAAUACGAGAGCAUUGAGAUAAGGCCUGUGGGCAGCAGCUGCAGGCGCACGGAGAUCAUAAUUAAACUAAGAACCUCAGGGAAGGUGUGUGUGAAUCCCGAAGCCCCCUGGGUAAAGAAGCUGCUGAAGCGCAUCGCCAGCACGAAGAAAAGAUAAGUUUCCUGCUAAGGAAGUUGGUGCCCAGAGCCCCGAGGCGGGCUGGCAGACGAUGCCCAGGUGUGCAGACCUGGCUGCUCCUCACUUUGCCCUCGCUUCCUCCUCUUCCCGAAAGCCCCACGUCUGGCUCUGGGGGCAGUGGCUGUGGGGACAGUGGCUCACUGCUGGCCCCAGCCCCAUGGCAGGUUUGUGGGGGGGUUCUCCCCUGCUCUCGGUCCCUGGAUCAGCGUGAAUGUGAAUCCUUCAUUGGUUUAGUUGCCUGUGGACUGCGAAGCUCUUCCCUGGCAGGGGCUGCUCCUGCUUCUUUAGGAAUGACUUUGUGACUUUUUCCAUGUGAAGUGCUUGGUGACAGAGCAUGUGUCUGAGGGUUCUGUGGCACAGCGUGGCAUGUCCUUUUCCAGAAGCUCAAGUCCAAUAAAUUUCAGGGUUUUCCUUUCUGUUGCAUUUCCCCUGGAUCUCCUAGCUUAGAAGCCAUGUAUGACAUAGAAUCACAGAACGGCUUGGAUUACAAGUGACCUCAAAACCCCUCCAGUCCCACUCCCUACCGUGGGCAGGGACAUUUUCCACUUUCCCAGGUUGUUCCCAGCUCUGUCCAACCUGGUGUUAGAUACCUCCAGGAUCCAGGAAUCCAGGGGCAGCCUGGGAGAUGGGACAAUGCAGCCCAAGUGCCUCACAUCCAAGUGAUGGAGCUGGGAUUUACUGGUGGCCGUAAGGCUUUAAAAACCAGUCCAGGUCAGUAAGGAAACACGUUGGGAACGGGCAUGAAGUCACUUGGCAGAGUUUUGGGGUAAAAAAAAAAUCCAAAUUGAAUGUCACCAGAGCGCUGCUGGGCUGUGCCUUGUUGUGGGGCAAUGGUUGUAGGAGAAAUGAGUAAUACCUGAUCAUGCAGGACAGAAAAGCACCCCAGAAAACCUCCGGGCUCGUGGGGCUGUGAGCGCUAGGAACCAGGAGCUUCUUAAGAAUCUGGAGGAAACGACCAAGAAAGGAAGGGGAAAGCAGAGCCGGUUUCGGGAAGCUGCCCCCCCUGCCAAGCCCCAAGCCACAUUUUAUCGUCAGCAGGGAGAGGGGUCGGGCAAAACCACCGUGACCCCGGGGCCUCCCGCGCCGCCUCACUUCUCCUAUUUCCCAGCU